GACAGAGCAGCGCGAGGGAGUCCCUGUCGGUGAUCGUGCCACCUCAGGACGUGGACGUGGACUCGCGCGACGACGCCGACGACUCGGAGCUCCUCAGUCCGGGCAAGCUAACGCCGACGUCGGGGAUAAGCGUCUCGGUCGCGAGCAUGAUCGACGCGACGGACUUCAGGGCGAUGCAACCGGAGCCGACUUAUCAAACGUUGACGUCGGUUACCGAAAGAAUGUCGCCGCCUGGCUUCAGCCCGGGCUCCUCGUACGCGACGUUGACGCCGUUGCAGCCGUUACCGCCGAUCUCGACGAUGAGCGACAAGUUUGUGUACGGUCAUACGACCGGCGGGGUAACCGGUAGCUUCGCCGUGAUGCAGAACAACGGCCUCGGUAACAUCGGCCUCGGUAUGGGCGGCUCGCCGUACGCGUACGAUAAGCUACCCUCGAUGGGAAUGUCGCCACCGCACAAUUAUCCCUCGCCCGGUGCGGGCCUACAGCCGAGUCCUCUCUCGCCCCAGAGCGCUUACAGUCAAAGCGCCCUGAAUUCGCCGCACAAGUCCGCGAGUCCGCACUAUGAUCCGGCUUUCCUACCGAGGCUACAACAGAGUCCCGCCGCACUUAGCCCGUCUUCGCCGCCGGCCGUCUCGGCGACCGCCACUUUCGCGCCCUCGCAUCAUUCCCCGCCCGCGCACUCAGUGCCGGCGGCCUCGCCCCCGCCCAUACAGACCCAGCUUCAACAGCAACAACAGCAGCAACAGCAGCAACAACAACAGCAACAACAGCAACAGCAACAACAGCAGCAGCAGCAGCAACAGCAGCAGCAGCAGCAACAGCAGCAGCAGCAAUCGUUGGCGGCGCAACAGACUAUAUCGCACACUCAGCACGUGCAACACACGUCGGUCGUCAUGAAGACGGUCUCCUCGGCCGGCCACGGUGCUGGCGAGGUCGAGGAGAUCAACACGAAAGAAUUGGCACAGAGGAUCAGCGCCGAGCUCAAGAGGUACAGCAUACCCCAGGCGAUAUUCGCCCAGAGGGUACUCUGCCGUAGUCAGGGAACGCUCAGUGAUCUCCUACGUAAUCCAAAGCCCUGGUCGAAGCUCAAGAGCGGCCGGGAAACGUUUCGACGUAUGUGGAAGUGGCUGCAGGAGCCGGAGUUUCAAAGAAUGUCGGCCUUGCGUCUAGCAGCUCUGAGCAACUGCUCUGAAAGCGGGGGCGAACCGGAAGCCAUGCUGGAUAUCCACCACCAAGGAAGCGGCAUCGACACUCACCAUCAACAGUUUCACAACUCUUAUGCUGCACAGAUUCCACAACGCGGAACAUGCAAGAGGAAAGACGAGAUGUCGAAUCAGGCAGAACACCAACAGCCCGCCCCCAAGAAACCGCGGCUGGUUUUCACAGACCUUCAGCGCCGUACUCUACAGGCUAUUUUUAAAGAGACCAAGAGGCCGUCGAAGGAGAUGCAGGUGACAAUCGCGCGACAGUUGGGCCUUGAACCGACGACGGUCGGUAAUUUCUUCAUGAACGCUCGACGGCGCUCCAUGGACAAGUGGAAGGACGAGGAUCCGAAGACCGUGGCGGUCGAGGAGGGACAGCUAUCGCCAACAAUAGGUAUCGGGCAGCGACAGCCAAGCGACGUUUUGUGACACACGUCCGACCACGAGGAGUACCACGACGAGUCACCAGAGGAGGAUCUACCCUUCUCGUAAGGGUCUCCUUCUCCAACUUCCAUCUCUUCCCACCAGAAGGACAAGCAGCCCUUUUCUCGAGCUAUUCCCAAAGAAUGAUCCAUUCGUUCGUUCUUUCGCUCUUUCUUUCUUUCUUUCUUUCACAUUUUUCUUUCUUCUUUUUAUUUUUCCUUUCCUUCCUCUUUUCUAAUAAGAACUGAGAAGUCUCGAUAAAUCGAUCGUAAAAAAAAAAAAAGAGAGAAAUCAAUUAUUCCGAAUUAAGCAUAGAAUUAUUAUUCUAAUAUCGUGCAAUAAACUAUGUCGAUUUAUUUCGACGAGAGAGAGAGAGAUAUAUAUAUAUAUAUAUAUCUCGUUCUUUCUUUCUUUCUUUCUUUCUUUCUUUCUUACUUCUUUUUUCCUUUAUCAAAAUUUAUAUAUUUUUUUAUAUGCAUUUAAA